UAGGCAGAUUCACGUCGUCCUGGCGAUGCCAGUGUCCUCAGCCUCUUCUGCUCGAGCACACACGCACACUGAUGCACUGCGAUGUGCUGUGUGGAAUAAUCUGGCUUCUCUCGCAGACUGAGGCUGAGAGUCCACCACAUCAGAUCAAAACAAAGGCUGAGGACCGGGAGAGAGCGCAUUUUGUUGUUUUGAAGCGAUACGGAGCAGCGCAUCCUUCACUCUCACUCUCUCACUCAGAGGAAUCCAUCCAGCCCAUCACGAGUUUUAUUUGAAGUAUUCCCUAAUUAAGAAGAAUGGGACCUUUUCAGACAUACGAGGUAAAAGAAAAGGGAAGCAUGCGCAGCCGUAUCCCUCGAUUUGUCCUCCACCCUUUACGUACUAAAGCAAAGGAGUCAUCAGCAUCCAACAUACCAUUGUCAGAAGAGGAGAGCAAGGAUUUUGACAUGAGCUCCCAGCACUCGAAAAGAACCAUCAGUCCCAAUAGCCUGUCCUCAGUUCCACUUGGCUUUACCUUUGCAGAUGAUACUGGAUGCCCAAGCAGUCAAUGUGCAUCGCCAACCAAGACCCCCUCAGGCUCUGACAACAGCCCACUGAGUUCACCCACUCUGGGAGAGCGCAAGGUCAAGGUGAAGAGAGUUCGGAUGAACGUAGUGGCCGAGUGGAGCGCACCCACACAGAAGCACAAGCGAGAGAAGCAACAGCAUUCACCAAUCAUAAAUAAAGGCAGUGAGACAGAUUUCAGCAUAUCUAGCAGCACUGGAAGCUACAAGACGCAUGAAACUCUACCCAGCAACUCUGCAGGGAAGAAAUCAUCUUCUCGCAGAAGUGGGCCCCACAUCAGAAGCCUGCCAGUGUUCAAACCCGCAGGAAGCCCUACUGCCCCUCGCGACACAGAGCUUUAUGCCCCAUACAGGACGCCCACCAAAGCCCCCUCCACUACUUACAGCAGUAGCAACUCCAACUCUACCAGAAGAAGAACCACUCCUGUACGCUACCAUUCUUGCGGAGACAAUCAUGGCAUCAAGCCUCCCAAUCCAGAGCAGUACCUUACCCCUUUACAGCAGAAAGAGGUAGCCAUACGACACCUCAAGACAAAACUCAGAGACUCACAGACCACAGUUUGUGACCGGGAGGCUGAGAUUGAGGAGCUGAAGUCCCAACUGGGGCGUAUGCGGGAGGACUGGAUAGAGGAGGAAUGUCACCGUGUGGAAGCUCAACUAGCUCUCAAAGAAGCACGCAAAGAGAUCAAGCAGCUGCGCCAAGUGGUGGAAACCAUGAAGAAUAGCCUCAUGGAGAAGGACAAGGGCAUCCAGAAGUAUUUCAUUGACAUAAACAUCCAAAACCGAAAGCUGGAGUCCUUGCUCCACAGCAUGGAGUUGGCACAGAAUGGCUGCAACUUACAAGAUGAGCCGUCACUGGACUUUAUCUUUGAUUCUCCAGAAAGAUCCACUACAGUCAAGUUAGAGAUGGAGCUACAUGGUGAAGAACAAGCAGUGGAAGAGAUGGCUGAUAGUGAGCUGCUGGCCAAUGACGAGAUGGCCAGCAGAGCUGAAAUUCUCGAGAAGGUUCUCAUGUCCACUGCGGUUGAUUCCAGCCAGGAUGGUGGCACCAAGAUCAUUCCCCAACCAGAGCUGUCCACCUUGGAGCCAAGUGUCUCAGAAAAGAGCACAAAGGGGCAUAUCUCAAGCAACCUCUUUGGUGCAGAAGAUAAAGGUGUCCAGACUGAUGAGAUGAUCUACACCGCUGAUCUCCAAGCCCUCCUUCUCCAGCUGCUAAAGCUCCAAGGUGGUGGCUUCCCUGGUCUUCUUAUUUCUUCUACCCAUCAAUCCCAGGAGUCACCUUCAGCACAGGUUCCCAAAAAGGUUGAGGACUUGCCUGAAGCACAAAAACCCAUAAAGGAGGAGUUACCUGAAGCACAAGUUGAAGAAGUCAAAGGUGUUGGCUCCAUUUGCAACAACACUGCCCAAAACACCAUUAAUGAUUCUAGUCUGGUCAUUUCCGAACCCAAAAUGAGUCCCCCGUUCAUGGAAGAGCUGAAUUUUGACCUGAAGAAUCCCAAGAACACCUCUAGCAUGGCAGUGGUCGGAAAAAGCCACUGGAGCAACAACUUCUUGGUCGAUCUGGUUGCUGUGGCAGCACCCGUUCUGCCCACCGUUGCGUGGCUCUACUCCCAGCACGGUUUGGUUGGAGGGGCUCCUGUGUACAACAUUGCAGCUUUAAUUCGAGGCUGUUGCAUUGUGGGAUUGCACUCGCUCCGCCAUGUCUCUCACGGGCCAGACACUUAGUGGCCCUCACCCACAGUUACAGCAAGAGCACUUAAGCGUCGUCAUCAAGUAGAAAUUGUGUUUUUGUACACCUGUGAUGAUAUGCAUACACUUAUUUUCAGUUUAGUUGCAACAUUCCUACUUUGCACUGUGUAUUUUUGAGGCACAAAGGAUGAAAUUAAGUUGAUGUAAAGGGACUUGUUUUGUCCUUCUUUGUUUUUAUUGCCCUUAUGUUUGUGUAUAUAUAUUUUUGCAUAAUCUGAUAAUCUGGGUGGGUGAUUUAUGUUGCUCGAGUUUUGUUCUUUGCUGACUGCUAUUCCCUGCUUUUUAUGAAAGUGUCAUUUAGAGUGGCAGUAGGGGUUGACUGUCAGUUGACCGUUGUUUUUGUUGUAGUUAAAAUGUCACUUGUGUUCCAAAAGAACUAAAACCUUCUGCCAAAGCUUAAAUGUGUUCAGUGUUUUGUGAAACUGUUUUUCUCUCCCUGGAGUUAGAGCUUUUACAUGUUGCUCUGCAAACCAACAAUUUCCUGUGAGCUAGCGUUGGAAAGGCAGCACUUGCCACAGUACAGCGAACACUUGUUAUGUGCCUGAGCUAUGUGCAAUAUUUUUGUUUAUAUCAGAUGUAUAUCAUUAUAUUUAUUAUUAAAGCAUGGAAAACCCCU